UCAAUGAAAGUGACUCGAUUUACUGGAGAUAUACGAACAUGGAACAUGUCAGCUCAAGUGCGAAUAUGGUUGUUGAGUUCCCGUCACGUUCCAGAAUGAGUGAUACCCAGAAUGUGCACAGCUCGGCAUCGUCGGAUAGCGAUUCGACGGAGCAGAACUCGGCCAACAAGACGGACGAAUGUUGCCCGGCCUCGCCGACGACGGUUCCGACCAAGUUUACCCGGUCCAAUUCGACUGGGUCCCAGAUGCGGUCCCCGAAGCCACGCCGUCAGCGAACGACAUCGGUCAACCAGAACACGAUCAAUUCGAAUGAGGCCAUUAUACGGUCCAAUAAUCGUACUAUUUAUACUGCUGGGAGACCACCCUGGUACAAUUGUGCUGGCCAACAGGUUGAACCAUUUGUGAUUGGAAUCUGCGGCGGUAGCGCUUCCGGUAAGACCACGGUGGCUCAGAAGAUAAUCGAAAGCUUGGACGUACCGUGGGUAACUCUGCUUUCGAUGGAUUGUUUUUAUAAGAUUCUGAACGAGAAGCAGCAUGCUCAAGCGAUUAAGAAUGAGUAUAAUUUCGAUCAUCCAGACGCGUUCGACAUUGAGCUUAUGAAGGACGUCAUCCAGCGCCUGAAGGAAGGUCGCAAGGUUGAGGUUCCGGUGUAUAAUUUUGUGACACAUUCGCGGGAGCAACACACAAAAACGAUGUACGGUGCGAAUGUUAUUAUUUUCGAGGGGAUUCUCACAUUUCACAACCCCGAAAUUCUUUCCAUGCUGGACAUGAAAAUUUUCGUAGACACUGAUGCGGAUAUUCGCCUGGCUAGACGCAUGAAGCGGGACAUCCAACAGCGUGGCCGCGAUUUAGAAGGUGUGCUGAAACAAUAUUCAACGAUGGUUAAACCAGCUUAUAGUAACUAUAUUGCCCCGACGAUGGCCCAUGCCGAUAUCAUUGUGCCCCGUGGUUCGAGCAAUCUGGUGGCCAUUCAGCUGGUCGUUCAGCAUGUCCACACACAACUACAACUAAGAGGAUUCAAGCUUCGAGAAGCACUAGCACAAUCGUACAUCGGGCAACCGAUGCCAGAAUCGUUGAAACUUUUACCGACCACACCCCAAGUUAAGGGACUGCACACCUUCAUCCGGAACGCCGGCACCCUUCGGGAUGAAUUCAUAUUUUAUUCGAAGCGGUUGAUUCGAUUGGUGCUCGAAUAUGCCUUAAGUUUGUUACCGUUCAAAACGGUUGAGGUUGACACACCUCAAGGAGUCUCUUACGCCGGAAAACGAAUGGCUUGCCAGAAGGUCUGCGGAGUGUCGAUUCUUCGCGCAGGGGAAACUAUGGAGCAGGCAGUGAGUGAUGUCUGCAAACACAUCAGAAUCGGAAAGAUUCUGAUUCAAACCAAUCAGUGCACCGGGGAACCGGAGCUCUAUUACUUGCGACUGCCGAAGGACAUUAAAGACUAUCGAGUUAUUCUGAUGGAUGCAACCGUUGCAACUGGUGCUGCGGCCAUAAUGGCCAUAAGAGUGCUGCUGGACCACGACGUUCCAGAGGAGAAUAUUAUGCUGGUGUCGCUGCUGAUGGCAGAAAUUGGGGUCCACUCGAUAGCUUAUGCUUUUCCCAGGGUGCAGAUUGUGACUUCGGCGCUGGACCCGGAAAUCAACGAAAAGUUCUACGUUAUCCCCGGAAUAGGAAACUUUGGUGACCGAUAUUUUGGCACCGAGCCAACCGAUGGUGAAAUUAUGUAUGAGUAAUCAGCAGCCGUGCCCCUCUGCCAGUUAGCCGUGGAUUGCCAUUGACGUAAUUGACUUUUUUUUAUUGUAAGCAAAUUGUAUUUUUUAAACACAUGUUAGUAAUAAGUUUGAAAGUUCUGAAA